GUCCUUCUGUAGCAGACAGACUGCUGUGGGAGAAAGCUCGAAGUACCCCCGCUUUCCGCAUGACUAGAUAAUAAUGUGACAAGAGUGCUGGAGCAAUUAUUCACACGUGCAGAGACUGAGUCACUGUAAACCGCGCAGUUUGUCCGAGCGCGAGCAAGUGCCAGUCACUCACAUUACAUCUGUCGCCUUUCGACUAGAUUGUCGUGUGUUGACGUACUGUCUCUCCGGGAAAACUACUGUGAAAUAAACAGCGAGUCAGCGACAGUAAACGAGGUCUUACCAAGCGAGUAUUUUGUCGACGCGAGAAACACAGCAAGUGUCGUACGUUUGUUCAGGAAAGGCACCAUCUUUAAGCUACAAUGAAGCAGAAUCCAAAGACUGAAAGAAUGUUGAUGAUCCUCUGUCUCCUUUUCAUUUUGGGUCAAGCAGCAACAGAGAAUGACAUAGACUUUAAGACAUGUGGAACAUGGCGCCAUGGCAAUGUAUCCCGAAAUCUGAAAUCUGAUUUGACAACAGGCUGUAAGGAACUCGUGAUUUCAGCAAACAAUAACACGCUCUAUAUUCAGGGCAGUAUCACAGCGAAGUGCACACAUUCUGGAUCCAUUCUUCUAGACUCAAGCCCUCAAAAGAAUCAAAGUAAUUUCUGUGUAUUCUGGGAGCCACUCCUGGACAUGCUGAUAGUGGAGGUGAAUGGAAAGAACCGUACUCUGUGUGGCUCAAGUGGCCUUCAAGAAAACUGCUGCACUGACCUCUCACCAGGGUACCAGAAAUAUGCUGGUCUGUAUGGUAUUGUGAAUGGCAGCGUCAAAGGUGAUAUCAUCCAGCACAAUAUCAUGGAAGUAUAUGUAUUUAAUGGGGCUUCAGCCAACUGCAAGAAGAAGUUCUGCGAUGAGGCAAGCCAGAAGUCCAAGGGAGAAGACAUGAUAGAGGAAGUGGUGAUGAAAUCGAAUGCAACAGGUCAUGUGGAUCUACCUUGUGCCCAGAGCACUGUCAUUGAAAUGGAAGAGGGCUUCAUGGGACAGAGUUUUACUCUGCCUACCCCCCGAAGUGUACCGGCAAACACAAUACCAUCAGUUUAUCUUCCCUCCUGCCUGAAACCAGCAUCAAGUAAAAAAUCAAAAGUGGUUUGUACAUACUACAGGAACAGUACAUCACUGAAAAGAUUUCAGAGGGAAUCGUCUGAUUUAAUCAUUCUGGAUGACGUAGUUGGAAUCUCUGUGGAGAACAAGAUCAUCACCAACCUCCCAGAACCUGUCAGAAUCAGGUUCCAUCACUCUACCUUGCCAGCUAACCAUUCUACAAGAUGUGUUUCAUGGGACACAAGAAAAGACAAUGAAGUGAUGUGGAGGUCAGAGGGUUGUCUAACAUUUAACAUAAAUACAACAGAGACAGAGUGCUGUUGUAAUCACCUUACAUACUUUGCUAUUCUUGUGCAAAUGGAACAGAGGGCUACAGUUCGCCAUCUAGAGGCUCUGACAUACAUUACUGCUGUGGGCUGCGCUGUUUCCUUAGUGAGCUGCUUAGUUCUCUUCUACUGGCUCUGUAAACAGAGGAAGAAAAACCAGUCCUCACUGGUGCAUCGUGGUCUGGUGGUGGCAAUAUUUCUUUUGUGUCUGUUCUUCAUCCUUACCGGUACAAUAGCAAAUGUGGAAAACAUCACAGUGUGUAAGAUAACGGGGACUCUCCUGCAUUAUGCUUUACUUUGCACACUGAGCUGGAUGGCUAUGGAAGUGUUUCACACAUUCUUAUUAGUCCGCAAGGUGUUCAGCUCAACUCUCCAGCCUUGGGUCUUUUACUUGGGGGGCUUUGGUCUCCCAACUCUGCUAGUCUGUAUACUACUCCCUAUAGAUGAUAUUUAUGGCAAAAGAAAGAUUGUGCCAAGUGAAGAUGUCACCAAACCUUACCAUAUGUGCUGGAUGUUGGAUACAUACAAUAGCAGAUUGGCUCAUUACAUUAUUAAUAUUGGCUUACUGGCUAUUGUGGUGAGCUCUGGUGCAGUCAUGCUUUUCCUUGUGGUGAAAGAGAUAUGGAACCGACCUGAGUGGAGGAAAAAUCAUGUGGCUUUUCUCAGCAUCUGGGGCCUCACCUGUCUAUUUGGAACAACAUGGGGCCUGGGUUUCCUCAACUUUGGCCCUCUCUCAGAGGCCACCCUCUUCCUCUUCUGUAUUAUAAACUCCUUACAAGGAUUUUUUCUUUUGCUGCGUUACUAUGCUCUUGAAUGGAUGAAAAAGAAGAAAGAGUCCAGUUCAGAAGGGAGCAGUACAGGAUCUUCAAAACAACAUAUGCUACAGACUUAUGAAAAGAGUUAAAAGUCUGGUGAUGCUAAAACAGUGUUUUUCUGAAAUGGCAAAAUUUAAUCUCUACUUUGAAAAGAAACUAUAAAAGGAUUAUCCACGAGGGCAUUUGUAAAGAUCCUUUCUCAUCCUGUAGGUCAGGAUGGUGAUUGGUCCUUAGAUGACACUGCACUGAUAUUUAGUCACAGGACAUUUGGUAAUUCAGCAUGAAUGCUUUACCUGUCAUAAGCUGUAUUUCUGUAAAUAUAUUGUUUUUUAUGUGCAUAUAAUAAUUUUUCUUUUUCAAGCGAGCCUUGCACUUUAGCUUAAUUUUUUAAACUACUGUUGUGAGAUUCAAAUAGGAUUUUUAUCAAAGCGCUUUUAGUGAUGAAUGAAAAACAUUUCAUUUUGUCUUGGUCAUACAAAUAGUGGUGUUUGAUAUGAGAUUAAGUGGUUGUGUACAUUUUCAGCCCGCAUCUUUAUUGUGUAAUAGCCACAAAGAAAACUGCCAGAAGCACAUUCCUCAAUUGUAUUUUUAUACUCAAUGUGAAUGGCAAACUGUAUAUUUUGUUCAGUUCUUUCUGACAUAAUUGGCACUUUUAUUCAUUCUGAGGAGUUUUGUGACGAAGUAGAGUUUAACACAAAGUGGACUGAAAUCAUAUUGUACUUUUAUGUCUAUUGUAUAAGUAUUUGUAAAAUACCAUGUUGUACUUCUUGAAUCAGCCUAUGCUCACUUUUAUCGGAGGCCGAUGUGUUAUCCAUUGUGAAAUAAUUUAUGAGAAGAAACUGUUACUCUAUUUUCAACACAUAUUAACUUUGGAGACUGCUUGAAAUUUAGUUUCUUCCCUUUUAUUAUAAUUUGUUUUAUUACAAGGAACAAUUAAAAUAACUUCACAUAAAUACUUAUCUCCAAAAAAAUAAAAUAAAACACAGUAUCUUCCAUAUCUCUUCUAUCCUG